AUGGAGAACGCAGGCCUUACCGAUCUCGAGUCUGGAGAUGGAGAUGGCUAUUUCCCCAUGGUUUUAGUUCAGAUUCCCAUGUGCAACGAGAAAGAGGUUUAUCAACAGUCGAUUGCUGCCGUGUGUAACUUGGAGUGGCCUAAAGGGAGAUUGCUGAUUCAGAUUUUGGAUGAUUCGGAUGAUCCAACGGCACAGAUGCUAAUUAAGGAGGAAGUGCACAAGUGGAAGGAGAAUGGUGCCAACAUAGUUUACAGGCAUAGAGUGAUUAGGGAGGGUUACAAAGCCGGCAACCUUAAGUCCGCCAUGAAUUGUAGUUAUGUCAAGGAUUACGAGUUUGUCGCCAUCUUCGACGCUGAUUUCCAGCCCAACCCGGAUUUCCUCCAGAGGACCGUUCCACACUUCAGGGAGAAUGAGAAACUAGGGCUCGUUCAGGCUAGGUGGUCAUUUGUAAACAAGGAUGAGAACCUGCUGACGAGGCUGCAACUCAUCAACUUAGCCUUCCAUUUUGAGGUCGAGCAGCAGGUCAAUGGCAUUUUCCUCAACUUCUUUGGGUUUAAUGGGACGGCCGGCGUUUGGAGAAUAAAAGCCUUGGAGGAAUCGGGCGGGUGGAUGGAGAGAACAACGGUUGAGGACAUGGACAUUGCUGUCCGAGCCCACUUGCACGGCUGGAAAUUCAUCUUCCUCAAUGAUGUCGAGUGCCAAUGUGAGUUGCCAGAAUCAUACGAAGCGUAUAGAAAGCAACAGCACAGAUGGCAUUCUGGGCCGAUGCAGUUGUUCCGUCUCUGUUUGCCUGCCGUCAUAAAAGCUAAGAUCAGCAUAUGGAAGAAGGCAAACAUGAUAUUCCUCUUCUUCCUUCUCCGUAAGCUCAUUCUCCCUUUCUACUCCUUCACACUCUUCUGCAUAAUCCUCCCCAUGACAAUGUUCGUCCCGGAGGCCACCCUACCCGCCUGGGUCGUCUGCUACAUACCCACGGCCAUGUCGUUCCUCAACAUCCUCCCGGCCCCAAGAUCCUUCCCAUUCAUCGUCCCUUAUCUCCUUUUCGAGAACACAAUGUCAGUCACAAAGUUCAACGCCAUGGUCUCGGGUCUCUUCCAGCUCGGCAGUGCCUACGAGUGGGUCGUCACCAAGAAAUCCGGCCGUUCAUCUGAAGGCGACCUCGCCUCUUUGGUGGCUCCCGAGUGCCGUGGGGCCCACCACCAGAGGGGCAGAUCUGAGCCGGGAAACCUGGACGAGCUCGUUAAUAAUGAGCUGCUGCUACAGAAGCAGAAGAAUAUGAAGAUGAAGAAGAAGCAUAAUAGGAUUUAUACAAAGGAGUUGGCUUUGGCUUUCCUUCUGCUGACGGCGGCCGCCAGGAGUUUGUUGUCGGCUCAGGGGAUACAUUUCUACUUCCUUCUGUUUCAGGGAGUGUCCUUCCUGCUCGUCGGCUUCGACUUGAUCGGCGAGCAGGUGGAGUAA